CGACGCUUUAACAUCUAUCGUGUCAGACGCAACAUUACACCUGCUCUUCUAAUAGAUUUCUCCACCAAACCGGCGGAUUUCUUGAGACUUAAUAUCAUUCUCGUUUAACCUACAUCCAUGCGAUUCUUCAGGCUGACCUUUAAGUGCUUUGUCGACUGCUUUUGAGAGCCUUUUAUUCAUCCUUCUGUCUGCCACGCACUACAGUUGUUAAAAUUUGGAGCUCAACCCUAUCAACCUUCUGCCGAAGAUCAAUUUUAUACAAUCAAACAGAGAGCAACCCCACGGGAAAGUACUGAAUACGUAUUAAACAUUUUAAAACGCCAAGAACCGUUAUUUGUACAUUCACGGGCGCGCGGCAUGUCGCCAGAAGAGCACCUCUCUAAUGAUGACAACACAUGUCAGGAUGAAUCUCAGGAGGAAGCAGAAGUUGCCCGCCCUCUGGUGUCAGACGCAGACAUGGGUGAGCCGAGUGUUUGCACUGGUCUGGUGGAUACAUGCGGCCAUACUGCAGAACUGGGCCAUUCAGAUCGACAAACAUGGAGCAGACAGAUGGACUUUAUCAUGUCCUGUGUGGGAUUUGCUGUUGGCCUUGGAAAUGUAUGGAGAUUUCCUUACCUCUGUUAUAAGAAUGGAGGAGGUGUGUUUCUGAUCCCCUAUGUUCUAAUGGUGUUUUUCGGGGGUAUUCCAGUAUUCUUCCUUGAGAUUGCGCUUGGUCAGUUCAUGAAACAAGGUGGGGUCGCAACAUGGAACAUUGCCCCUCUUUUUAAAGGGCUUGGUCUGGCAUCAAUGGUGAUCGUGUUCUUCUGCAACACCUACUACAUCAUGGUUCUGGUUUGGGGUCUGUACUUUCUGGUUCACUCUUUCACUUCCCCUUUGCCGUGGGCCACUUGUGGGCAUGAAUGGAACACGGUCAACUGUACCACCAAUUUUAGCCGGGUGGGUUUUAAUCAAUCACUGUCCACUUCCCCCCUAAACGUCUCCUCCCUCAAUGGCAGCUGCCUGGAGCCCAGGGGUUUGCGUUCAUCUGUCAUGGAAUUCUGGGAGCGAAAAGUGCUACGUCUGUCUGGAGGUUUGGAUGAAGUGGGUGACAUCAGCGGUCACAUGGUCUUGUGCCUUCUUGCUACGUGGGUCAUUGUCUACUUCUGCAUCUGGAAGGGUGUUAAGUCCACUGGCAAGAUUGUAUAUUUCACAGCUCUGUUCCCAUACCUUGUCCUGGUGGUCUUGUUUGUUCAUGGCAUCUCAUUGCCUGGAGCUAAAAACGGCAUUAUUUACUAUCUGAAACCUAACUGGAGCAAACUCUCAGAAGCACAGGUAUGGAUCGAUGCUGCCACACAGAUCUUCUUUUCUUAUGCUAUUGGUCUGGGGGCACUAACGGCACUUGGGAGCUACAACCGCUUCAACAACAACUGUUACCAGGAUGCAUUUGUUUUGGCUCUCAUAAACAGUGGAACAAGCUUCUUUGCAGGGUUUGUUGUUUUCUCAGUACUGGGUUUCAUGGCGGCUGAACAGGGUGUUGACAUCAGUAAUGUGGCAGAAAGUGGUCCUGGUUUAGCAUUUAUUGCCUAUCCAAAAGCAGUGUCACUCAUGCCGUUAGCUCCGCUGUGGGCAGUACUGUUCUUCCUCAUGCUUCUGGUGCUGGGAUUGGACAGUCAGUUUGUCGGUGUUGAAGGCUUUAUAACUGGAAUCAUGGACAUGCUGCCCCCAAAAUCAUUCCUUGGCUCUCUGCGUCGAGAAAUUGUUGUUCUAAUAUGCUGUUUCACCUGUUUCACUGUUGAUCUUUCCAUGGUAACAGAGGGAGGGAUGUAUGUGUUUCAGUUAUUUGAUUAUUACUCAGCGAGUGGGAUUACUCUCCUUUGGCAAGCCUUCUGGGAGUGUGUGGUGGUGGCCUGGGUGUAUGGUGCUGAUCGAUUCAUGGACGAUGUGGCCCGUAUGAUCGGCUAUCGUCCUCUGCCGUAUAUGAAGUGGUGCUGGUCUUACAUUACACCAGUAGUGUGCAUGGGUGUUUUCUUGUUUCAUGUGAUCAACUACAAGCGCUUAGUGUAUAAUGGUGUGUAUUUGUACCCGUGGUGGGGUGAGGUGCUGGGCUGGUUUCUUGCUCUCUCAUCCAUGCUUUGCAUUCCUCUCACCGUCCUCUACAAACUGCUGCACAGCAAAGGCUCUCUCACUGAGCGUUGGCAGCAUUUGACCACACCUAUAUGGGGGCGACAUCACCUGGAGUUCCUUCCACCGGAGAAUGAAGCCAGACUUCUACCGAAGCCUGAAGAGAAUAAAAGCACACUGUUAUACGAAAGUGUAAUUUAAAACCCCUGCAAACACAUCACUGUCCAGUGUGAAACAAGAGCAUAAACUCUGCCCUCAUCAAAAACAAACAGCACUGCCCUGCACCUUAAAGGGAUAGUUCACCCAAAAAUGAAAAUUCUGUCAUCAUUUACUCUCCCUCAUACCAUAGGUUUUCGUGAGAAACAACCUGAUAAUAUUGAUGUCUGUUUGAACAUUCACGUGUGCAUGAAAGAAACUGACGUUUUAAGUUACAGAAAAAUUAUUUGAAUUUUGGGUUGUUUCUCAUCAAAACAAAAUCAUUUGGCUUCACAAGAUUUGGAAUCUGAUGCAUGAAACACAUGGACUACUUUUAUGAUACUUUUGGGUCCUGUUUGUAAGCUUUAAAGUGAGUCCCUAUCAAUUGCUAUUGCAUUAAAAAUACAGACCAGAAUAUUGAUUACAAUUUUGUUUUGUGUUCUGCUUAAGAAAGGUCAUAGUUAGGAACAACAUGAGGGUAAGUAUAUGAUGACAGAAUUUUUAUUUUUGGAUUAACUAUAACUUUACACUGCAAAAUCACUCACAGAACUGUACUGAGUUCCUAAUAGAGAAAAAAUUAACUCCGAUCCAUACUAUACCCCAGGGUGUUACAGCCUGUAUGCCAUACACAGUGUAAUACCAGUAAAGCACUUAACCUCAAUCUGUCUGGCCCACCAGAGCCUGUGCAUAUCAGCUAUCAUGAAGUAAUGAUGCCGAUUUUGUCCCAGCUCUCUUCUUUCAAUGUAAUUAUAUUUCAGAAAAUGGCCUUAGGUGCAUAAGAUACUCAUGUAUGCUUGUGUGGGACCAACAGUAAUCUACCAAGUGUGCCGUUGUUGUUCAGUAUUAUGUGUUUGUUGUGUACAGCAUAAACACUGGAUCUUACAGCAGUGUUGCGGAGCAGAGAGUGGACUUAUUAAUAAAAAUGAUAUUGUGCAUUUAUUUGGUUUGAUAUAAAUCAUUAUGCAUGCACAUUUUGAAUAUCUAAAAUUAUGGUUUUUUUUGUUUUUGUUUUUUCAAAUAAAAAAUA